GCACAAAGCAAAGCACAACGUGCAUGUUUCCUUUCCAGUACACGCUUCAGCCGUAUGUUUGUUGGCAUAUUUUGGUUUUUCCAAGUUUUCAUCGAUUUUUUUCCAAUAAAAUUCAUUAAUUAUGGCUAGAGGCCCAAAAAAACAUUUGAAACGUUUGCGAGCACCGAAAUCAUGGAUGUUGGAUAAACUUGGUGGUGUUUAUGCACCACGUCCAUCGACUGGUCCUCAUAAACUUCGUGAAUCAUUGCCAUUGGUUGUUAUGUUACGUAAUCGACUUAAAUACGCAUUGACUCGUGAUGAGGUGACUAAAAUUGUCAUGCAACGUACUAUCAAAGUUGAUGGUAAAGUUCGUACCGACAUUAAUUAUCCGGCUGGCUUUAUGGAUGUUGUAACCAUCGAACGAACUGGUGAUUUCUUCCGUCUUCUUUACGACAUUAAAGGUCGAUACAUUUUGCAUAAGAUCAGCCAACAAGAAGCUAAUUACAAAUUGUGUCGAGUUAAAAAAGUUGCUACCGGGCCGAAAGGAAUUCCUUAUUUGGUCACCCAUGAUGGUCGAACCAUUCGUUAUCCAGAUCCAUUGAUCAAAGUAAAUGAUACGAUUCGUUAUGAGAUGGAUACGGGAAAAAUUGUUGAUUCAAUCAAAUUUCAAACUGGCAAUCUUUGUAUGGUUACUGGUGGCCAUAACUUGGGUCGUGUCGGUAUUAUCACCUCACGGGAACGACAUGUGGGUAGUUUUGAUAUUAUCCACGUAAAGGAUGCAUUAGGUCAUACAUUUGCUACACGUUCGGCUUAUAUUUUUGUCAUCGGUAAAAGUAAUAUGCCAUUCAUUUCAUUGCCGCGUGGCCGUGGUAUUCGUUUGACCGUUGCCGAAGAACGUGACAAACGUUUGGCACAGAAACGAACUGCCUAAAAUGAAUGGAUGUAUUUUUAUAUAAAAGAAUAAAUU